AUGCGGAAGGGAAGAGGAGGGGCCGCGUCGGUGGUCACGGCGGCGGCUGCGGCAGCCAACGGACCUGUUUUAAAGGAGCCUCGGUACCGGGGCGUGAGGAAGAGACCGUGGGGGAGGUUCGCGGCGGAGAUCAGAGACCCGUUGAAGAAAGCGAGGGUUUGGUUGGGAACCUUCGAUUCUGCUGAGGAAGCUGCCCGAGCCUACGACGCCGCCGCUCGGACUCUUCGAGGACCCAAGGCCAAAACAAAUUUUCCCCUCUCACACCCUUUUUGCUAUCCGCACCCCACCACUGAUCCUUUCUACUAUGCGGGUUUCCACGACAACAACCACAACAACCUUAACAACCCUCAGAGACCCACCUCAAGUGGCAUGAGUAGCACCGUUGAGUCCUUCAGUGGGCCCCGCCCUCCCACUGCCGCCACUACUGCGGCUCCUUUUUUGACCGCUAAGCGGAGAUACCCGCGCACUCCCCCUCUCGUCCCCGAAGACUGCCACAGCGACUGUGACUCCUCCUCCUCCGUCGUUGAUGAUGGCGAUAACAUCGUCUCCUCGUCGUUCCGCCCUCCGCUGCCCUUUGAUCUCAACGCGCCGGCGUUCGACGACACCGCCGAUGACGACCUGCGCUGCACCGCGCUUUGCCUCUGA